GGCGUCUUAGCGGCUCGGAGCACUAGAAGCUGCCUAACUCCGCGUCACCGUGGCAACGCGGAGGCUGCUUCCGGAGGCGUUGGCCGAGGAACACUUUUUGGAACCCGAGCGCCUGCGGGACCCUUUGGCAGCUGGGGACUGGAAGCAACGGAACCAAAGGCAGACGGUCCUCGGUUGCUGGGGCGGACGUGGGCCCAAUCUGUCCGUCCCCGCAAGUUUCCCCCAGUGCUGGGACCUGGGCGAACGGCAAAUUCAGAUUUUCCCGACUCGCGGGCCCGAGUUGGAGGCUAACUGGGAAGUCUUCGUUCCUCAGAUUUGUUGAUCUACAGAAUGCUUCGAUACCCAUAUUUUUGUAGAGUCUAUAAAAAUUUUCUUUCAUGCUGGUUGGAAUCUGGCGUAUUUAAUUUGGGUGUCUGGCCAAAAAAAAUACAUGCUACAGCAGAAAGAUAUAAUGAAUAUGAAGCCCAGGAGGAAAAAGAUCAAACUGGAGUUCAGGAGUUACACAGAUCUCAAGAUAGAGAUUCUGGAGUGAUGACUAAGUUACAUAUUCCAGUCAUGGUGGAUGAAGUUGUUCAUUGUUUGGCACCACAAAAAGGGCAGGUUUUUCUAGAUAUGACAUUUGGUUCAGGAGGACACACAAGAGCCAUUCUGCAGAAGGAGCCAGAUAUUACUCUGUAUGCAUUAGACAGAGACCCAACAGCAUAUGCGAUAGCUGAGCAGCUUUCAGAAUUGUACCCUAAACAGAUCCGAGCCAUCCUAGGCCAGUUCAGCCAGGCAGAAGCCUUACUAAUGAAAGCUGGAGUACAGCCAGGGACUUUGGAUGGAGUUCUUUUGGAUCUUGGGUGUUCCUCCAUGCAACUUGAUACCCCUGAAAGAGGUUUUUCCCUUCGGAAGGAUGGCCCCUUGGACAUGAGAAUGGAUGGUGACAGGUACCCUGAUAUGCCCACCGCAGCUGAUGUUGUGAAUGCGUUAGAUCAACAGGCACUUGCGUCCAUCCUGAGAGCAUACGGAGAGGAGAAGCACGCCAAGAAAAUCGCUUCAGCAAUCGUUCAGGCACGCGCCCUCUACCCCAUCACUAGAACUCAGCAGCUUGCCAGCAUUGUUGCAGGUGCAUUUCCUCCCUCUGCUCUUUAUGCACGAAAAGAUGUGCUACAGCGAUCCACCCAUAUAGCUACAAAGACUUUUCAAGCUUUUCGCAUAUUUGUGAACAAUGAGCUCAAUGAACUUUACACGGGACUGAAGACAGCUCAGAAGUUUCUGAGACCUGGUGGUCACCUCGUUGCCCUCUCCUUCCAUUCACUGGAGGAUCGCAUCAUCAAACGAUUCCUGCUUGGGAUAAGCAUGACAGAAAGGUUUAACCUAAGUGCUAGACAGAAGGUGAUACAAAAAUCCCAGUUGGAUUCAUAUCAGGAAAACAAGGAAGGCGUCUCUACACGAAAGGCCCCUUUAAUGUGGAAAUUGAUGCACAAGAAGGUACUUACUCCAGAAGAUCAAGAUGUACAGGAUAACCCCAGAGGACGCUCUGCCAAGCUUAGAGCAGCUAUCAAAUUAUGAGAAAGUUUUCAUCAUCUAAUCCUUCAAGAUUUUCCCCACAGUUUCUCAUGUGAUAUUCCUGGACAACCUAAUGUAAGAAAGUGUGGGGUUUAUGAAGUUUUAUAUAUAUAUAUAUAUGUGUGUGUGUGUGUGUAUGUGUGUGUGUGUGUGUGUGUGUGUGUGUGUAUGUGGAUCUAGCGGGUAUUUAGCUCUUUUUUUCCCUCAAAAAGAAAAUGUACAAAUAUUAACAUGACUUAGAAAGCUCAAUUCAAGGAGCAGCAGUACCUCAAAACUGGAACAGUAUGUUUAUCUUAGCAAUAUAUUUGACUUUUGAAAUGAUUAAAUUCUGGUUAAAUCCUUUCUUUAACCAGGAAAUUUUUUAAAAGAAGAGGAGAAUAUGUGUAUGUAAAAUCAAGUUGUGAAAAGAGAGAUUAUAAUUAUAUCUGCAUGCCCAAAUUUCUGAAUUUAGAUAUUCAGAUUUGCAAUAGACUGUCUAUGAUUCAAAUAGUUAAUAAUGAUCAUGGAAUUUAUUUUAAUUUUUCUUCUUGGGAAUAGCUUUCUCAAAUACAGGUAUUACUAUUUUAAAAAUGUGUUACACUGAUAAAUUUAAAUACUGAAUUAUAGUGUCAUUGUUUUAAAGAGAUUUUUCAGUAUGAUAUGUGCCAUGUUUUCAUAUAUUACAAACUAAAAAUGUAGAAUUGCUCUAAUAGCCUUCACAGAGGAUGUUUCAUAAAACUUAUAUUUGAAUUCAAUUGUGUUUAUUAUAGUAUUAGCCCAGAAUGCUUUUGAUAAAUAGUAAAAUCUCUUAUCAUUUGAAUCCUGCAUUUUUAAACUGAGCUAUUCAAAAUAGUCAAAGUCUAUUGAAAUGGAAAAGUUUAUCAUCUAUUCCAGAUACUAAAAUCAAUGUGCUCUUAAUGUUCUUAUUUACAGAGUUCCCAUGGUAAAGGAUUCUUUAACAAAUUGUUGAAAUUAAUUCAUAAUUCACAUUACUUUUUAUACAUAAGUAUGCAUUUCUGAUUUAUUCAGUUAUGAUGCAAGUACUGAAAUAGGCAAAGAAACAAAAGUGUAAAAUAUACUCACAGUCUAGCAAAGAAGAACGAUGGUAGUUAACUAAUCACAACAAUUAAUAUAAAAUCGUCAAAGUGGUAAGGGCUGUAUAGAUGUAGUAUGCUGUGCUGUGCUGUGCUGUGUUUAGUCACUCGGUCAUGUCCAACUCUUUGCAACCCCAUGGACUGUAGCAUACCAGGCUCCAUAAAAUACCAUAAAUACAUCCAAUAGCGAUGAAAUCCCAUCACUGACGACAUGGUACUUGAUAUAUGACUCAAAGAAUGAAUAAGAGAUAAUUAGUCAUAGGAUACAUGGGCAUGUUGAUUAAAGGGACAUGUCAAUGAUUGUUUUCUUAAGUAGUUCCCCUUGAAGUCAUAUUUAUACUGUUAAUUUGCUCAGUAAACUAUUUAUUCAAAUACAGGGAAAAUUCAUUUUAUCAAUUAUGAUUACAGAGCUUAAGUUGGCGAAUCCAGUGAAUAAAAUAUCAGCAUAAUUAGAUGGACAAAAGAUAAGAAUUAAAAACUUACAUGUAUCUCAGACUUGCUUUAUCUACCUCUGUAAUAGUUAACUUUAGUUUCCAAGUUUGUUUACCGCUUUUAAUUUACAGACUGCUCAAACCUGAGGAUGUCCCAGGUGGCGCAGUGGUAAAGAAUCACCUGCCAACACAGGAGACACAAGAGACAUGGGUUUGAUCCCUGGGGUCAGGAAGAUUCCCCUGUAGUAGGAAAUGGCAACUCACUCCAGUGUUCUUUCCUGGAAAAUUCCAUGGGCAGAGGACCCUGGCGGGCUACAGUCCAGGAGAUUGCAAAGAGUUGGACAUGACUAAGAGACUGAAUACACAUGCACAUUAAAAUCUGAAGAAUUCAGCAGUGAAAUCAGAAUAAGAAAAUAUUCUAGGGAGCGAUGUGCUCAUAUUAGAAAUGAAUGUACCUAGCUUAAUCCUCUGAAUCCUUCCUAAAGAAUUUUGUAAGUUCCUCUUUGUAUGUAAGUCAUAUUUGUGAAUGAGAAUGAUUCCCAAAGGUAGUUACCCAUCUGAGUAUGUGAUUAGAAUACAAAAGAUUACAUGUAAUACUCAAGAAUGAUUCACCUAUGUCAUCAAUCAUGUUUGAAUGUUAUAUAACGUGGAAAUUUUUUCAUUAACGUUAACUGGAAACUGCCUGCACUGACUGGGUUAGAUGACAUCCUUCCAAAAUUCACGUCCUUUCCGAAACCUCAUAAGGUGACCUUAUUUGGAAAUUCGGCUAUUACAAAUGUUAACAGUUAAGAUAUAAUACUGGAGCAGAGAAGGCCCUUAACGCCAUAUAUCUGUGUCCUUGAAAGAAAAGAAGAAAGACAGAAACACAGGGGAGAAUGCCACACGAAGACAAGGGCAGAGACUGAAGUGAUAUGUCUACAAGCUAGGGGACACCAAGAGUUGCUGGCAACCAUAAGAAGCUGAGGGAGACGCAUGGAGUAGCUUCUCCCUCAGGGACUUUAGUAGGUAUUAAUAACUGCUGAAGCCUUGGUUUCAGACUUCCAAUCUCCAGAACAGUUAGAGAAUAAAUUUCUGCUAUCUUCUGCUAGCCAAUCUGUGGUGGUCUAUUAUGGCAGCCUUUAAGAAACUGGUCCUCUGACCAAAAAAAAAAAAAAAAAAUCUUGAAUAAUAUGCAUGAAAAAAAUCCUGCAUCAAAAAACACAAAAUCGGCUUUAAAAUAUUAUAGUAUAAAAACACGUUAUCUAUUUUUUAUAAUUAGGCAUUUGCAUCAAUCGUUCUUACCUUCCUCUUAGUUUGUAGGAUGAAUAAUCAAAUACCUGAAUGAGUUUCAAAUGAUUAACAAUGGACAGUGACUUUGGGGAAUUUAAACAGUACAUAUAGAAAAUAAAAACAGUUUAUUAAAAUGAAUGUACAUUGCUUUUCCAAUAAAAUAUAAAUUAUAUAAAACAAGCAGUUGUUUUGCAUUUCUGAAUCUUUCUAUUGACUGCCUCUGCCAGUCAUAUUAUAUAACAUGGAUCCCAUUGUGUAGGACAUCAGUUCUUAACAGUUUUAAUAAUUGCUCAUUAAGAAAUGAAAUUUAACAACUACAUACAAUUUUUAGCUGAUACUCCUAUUUUAUAUGUUCAUUUUUCUUUGACAAUUAUAUGUUGGUUAUUAUGUAAUCUUUGAAAUUUCUAGGGUAAUUUCAGGGGAAGACACUAAUAAUAUCAAUUUUUUUCGAUUUCAUGUAAUAUGUGAUAUGUGGUUUGUGCUAAAAUUCAUUUAUAUUGAACUAUUUAUUAUAUUACAACCAAUAGUUUAUAAGAAAAUGCAGUAUGCCUCACUAGGUUUUUGAGGUUAACUAAAACCUCUUAAAAUUCGCUUGUAAAUAUUUGAAAAUCAUAUUUUCUUUAGUCUUUGCAGAGUGUUACAUAUCUUCAGAGGUUAUAAAAUUCUUUCUAAUUUUUGUUUUUAAAUAAGCAGAAAUAAUAAUGAAUUUAUACUGUAAAAUUUUUAAUAACAUCUAAACUUCAUUUGAAAUCUUAUUC